AAAGAUGUUUGGCCUAAAUUUACCUCCACACACACAUCAUCCAUGAUAAGACUAUUUUUGACUCAUUUUGUGAAUAAAUCAUAUCCAUGUGGACAAUUCUGUUGUCUACUAUUAAUAUAACGCUUGCUACAGCUUUAAUGCUUAGCUUUAUUAUCAUCUAUCUGUUGUACAUCCAAAACUCAACAAAAUUACCACCUGGACCAACCAGUUGGCCUUUAAUUGGAUAUACAUCUUGUUUAGGUACUGAUGCUUUUCGUAAAAUUCAAGAUUUAAAUAAAACUUAUGGCGAUAUUGUAUCAUUUCAAGUUUUGGGAAAAACAAUAAUCAUAUUGUAUAACUAUGAUUUAAUACACGAAGCAGCAAAUGGGAAUCGUUCGAAAGUUGGACGAUAUACAAUGACUGUUAAUGAUUUAUUAGCAGAAAAUUCAGGUAUUUCAAAUUACGAUACACAAAAGGCACUGGAAAUGAGAAAAGCUUUUGUACGUCUUGUACAUAAUAAUAUAAAAACAACUGAAGAACACGAAGGUAAUAAAUUGCAGCCAUUUAUAUCGCAGAAUAUAAUCAACGCUCAAAUAAAUGAAUUGAUUCGACAGUUGAGAAUAAGACAAGGAAAACCUGUCAAUGUUUUACAAUUGAUGAGAUGUACAGUUUGGAGAAUUAUUUGGAAUUUCAUUUUUGGAAAAGAGUGUCAAUUAACUGAUAAACAAAUUUCUGAUACUUUAGAUGAUAUUUCAUCGAAUAAUUUACAAAAUCAACUUUUUCAAAUAAGACAACUAUUGCCGAGAUUUUGUGUGAAUAUUUUUAAACAUUCUCAAUUCGCUAGAAAAUUAUUCGAAAUUGAAGAGAUAAUAUAUAAACACAAAACUGUACGACAAUUAAUUGAUAACAAUGUAGGUGAAAUGCAUAAUUCGGACUCAUUAUUAGGUCAACUAAUCAAUGAUUCAAAAUUGAAUUUAACUAAAAAUGAUAUUUCACGUCUUUCAUUUGAAUUUAUGGCUGCUGGUACUGACACCACGUCUUUAACAUUAACAUGGGCGUGUGAUUAUCUAGCAAGAGCUCCACCGAAAGAAUCACUUAAACUAAGCUCAGACCUUAUUGAUAUGAUACAUCGUUGGGCUAGUGUAGUUCCCCUGUCACUACCUCAUAUAGUGCGUGAAUCUUUUAAGCUCAAAAAUUAUUAUAUACCGAAAUCAUCAAUUUUAAUAUAUAAUCUCUAUGCUGUACACAAUAGUCAGAUAAAAAAAUUGAUUAAUACGGAACAAAAAUCGGAUGAAGUCCAAGAAAGUAAUAAGCCAAUACCAUUUUCACUUGUUGUCCGGUACAUACUUCUUCAAUCUUCGAAUUCGGUUGUCACUCCAAUUCCUCUUUGUUGCCCUAUCUGUUCUCUUCAAUUAAAUUUUCUCAAACCUCUGCUGAAGGCAUUCCACUUCUGAUUGGUAUUACAUGCUACUUAUAUCUGUCAAUAUAAAUAGUAUACAUCACAAUAUUAUCUUAAUCAUGUAAAUGUCAAUCGUAAAAUUAAUUUACAGUUUGAUUUAGUUCACAUUGUUAAUAUCAUUGGUUUCAUUUUUAUUUAUUUAUUUGUUUAAAUAAAGGUUCUAGAUCAUGUCCUGGUGCUCGUAUAGCUAGUUUAUUAAUUGAACAAAUUUUAACAGCUAUUAAUCAAGAAUUUCUUAUUCAAAAUAUUACUCAAUCACCAUUUGAAACAAUUAGUCCAGGUAAUCAAGAAAGUCUAACACCUUUUGGAAUUACACGAACACCACAUAAAUCUAUGUAUAUAUUUGUGACAAAAUUAAAUGGAAAUAGAAGAACAAGUAUUUAAUGCAUAACAUUUAAUUAGAUUAUAUUGAAAGAUUAUUUAGUUUGAAUUAAUUAUAAUAAUGACUUGAUCAAAUUGUGAAGUAAAUAUGAUUUCGUUGAUUUAACUCAUUUUGAUAGUAAUAAUGUAUCCUCUUUACAUAUUAUUUAUAUGAUUCAGUGAAGAUUUUAUGUAAGAAAAUAUGUUUUUUAAGAUUCACAAUACUCGACAUU